AUCAUUGCUCUAAUUACUGUGAUGGAUUAUAUCUUCCAGGCACAGUUAGUUGAUCUGAAGUCUGAACUGACAGAAACUCAGGCAGAGAAAGCAGUACUGGAAAAGGAAGUGCACGAUCAGCUUUUGCAACUCCAUGCUGUUCAGCUUCAGCUACAUGCCAAGACUGGUCAGAGUGUUGAUUCUGGGGCUAUUAAGGCAAAACUGGAGAGAGAACUUGAAGCUAACAAGAAAGAGAAAGUGAAAGAAGCUCAACUGGAAGCUGAGGUGAAGUUGCUAAGGAAGGAAAAUGAAGCGCUUCGUCGACACAUAGCUGUGCUUCAGGCAGAGGUUUACGGAGCGAGGUUGGCAGCCAAGUACUUAGAUAAGGAACUAGCUGGAAGGGUCCAGCAGAUUCAGUUACUGGGCCGUGAUAUGAAGGGACCUGCUCAUGACAAGCUCUGGAAUCAGCUUGAGGCAGAAAUACACCUUCACCGUCACAAAACUGUUAUUAGAGCCUGUCGGGGUCGGAAUGAUCUAAAACGACCAAUGCAAGCACCACCAGGACACGAUCCAGAUGCUUUAAAGAAGAGUCAAGGUGUUGGUCCAAUCAGAAAAGUUCUGCUAGUUAAAGAAGACCAUGAAGGACUAGGAAUUUCAAUCACAGGUGGGAAGGAGCAUGGUGUUCCAAUACUGAUCUCUGAAAUCCAUCCUGGGCAACCUGCUGAUCGAUGUGGAGGGCUGCAUGUUGGUGAUGCUAUUCUGGCGGUAAAUGGAGUUAAUCUAAGGGAUGCCAAACAUAAAGAAGCUGUAACUAUUCUUUCCCAACAAAGAGGCGAAAUUGAGUUUGAAGUAGUAUAUGUUGCUCCAGAAGUAGAUUCAGAUGAUGAAAAUGUAGAAUACGAGGAUGAGAGUGGACACCGUUAUCGUUUGUAUCUUGAUGAACUGGAAGAAGGUGCAAAUUCAGGUUCUAAUAGGAAAGAUGGAAAUGUGGAUGUCAAGCCAUCACAAGUGUUUGAUAAGAAACCAAGUAUUGAUGGACAUAAAAAUGGAGACCUGGGGAAUUCAGUUGAAGCUCCGUUAGAAGACACUGCACCCAAAUUAGCCCGUUCUGCUGAGUCUUUAUCGUAAAGGAAAAAAAAAAA